AUGAUUAUCUCUUCAAGCUUUUACUUAUUGGCGACAGCGGAGGUUGGAAAAACAUGUGUGUUGUUUCGAUUUUCUGACGACUCCUUCAAUAACUCGUUUAUUUCUACCAUAGGAAUUGAUUUCAAAAUUCGAACGAUAGAUCUCGAUGGUAAAAAGAUCAAGCUUCAGAUCUGGGACACAGCAGGUCAAGAACGUUUUCGAACAAUCACCACAGCGUAUUACCGUGGAGCUAUGGGUAUUAUGUUGGUCUAUGACAUCACAAACGAGAAAUCGUUCGAUAAUAUAAAGAACUGGAUUCGAAACAUCGAAGAACAUGCGUCACAAGACGUCGAAAGGAUGAUUAUUGGAAAUAAAUGUGACGCCGAAGAUAAGCGACAAGUUUCAAGAGAAAGGGGUCAGCAGCUCGCAAUUGAGUACGGCACAAAGUUUAUGGAAACAUCAGCAAAAGCGAAUCUCAAUGUCGAAGAAGCAUUUUUCUGCCUUGCAAGGGAUAUCAAAAGUAAAAUGGAGCGCGGACAAGCCCACGCAGUUUCACAAUCAGGCCGCGUCACAGUCGGCGGUCAAAACCAGGCGAAAAAAGGUUUAUUCAGUGGAUGGAGCUGCGCGAUACUAUGA